GCGGCGCCACCCGGGCCCGCCCCCUCCGCGCCCGCCCGGUCCCGGGCCCGGGUCCCCGUCCAGUCGCUCCGCGUCCUGUCGCCCGCACGUCCCGCCAUGAGCUCCACGCAGUUCAACAAGGGUCCCUCGUACGGGCUCUCCGCCGAGGUCAAGAACCGGCUCCUGUCCAAGUACAACCCGCAGAAGGAGGCCGAGCUGCGCAGCUGGAUCGAGGGCCUCACGGGCCUGGCCAUCGGCCCUGACUUCCAGAAGGGCCUGAAGGAUGGGGUCAUCCUGUGCACACUCAUGAACAAGCUGCAGCCAGGCUCGGUACCCAAGAUCAACCGGUCCAUGCAGAACUGGCACCAGCUAGAAAACCUCUCCAACUUCAUCAAGGCCAUGGUCAGCUACGGCAUGAACCCGGUGGACCUGUUUGAGGCCAACGACCUGUUCGAGAGCGGGAACCUGACCCAAGUGCAGGUGUCUCUGCUGGCGCUGGCGGGGAAGGCCAAGACAAAGGGGCUGCAGAGCGGUGUGGACAUCGGGGUCAAGUACUCGGAGAAGCAGGAGCGGAACUUUGACGAUGCCACCAUGAAGGCUGGCCAGUGUGUCAUCGGGCUGCAGAUGGGCACCAACAAGUGUGCCAGCCAGUCAGGCAUGACGGCCUAUGGCACCCGGCGACACCUCUAUGACCCCAAGAACCACAUCCUGCCGCCCAUGGACCACUCCACCAUCAGCCUGCAGAUGGGGACCAACAAGUGUGCCAGCCAGGUGGGCAUGACGGCUCCGGGCACCCGGCGGCACAUCUACGACACCAAGUUGGGGACCGACAAGUGCGAUAACUCUUCCAUGUCCCUGCAGAUGGGGUACACACAGGGCGCCAACCAGAGUGGCCAGGUGUUCGGCCUUGGCCGCCAGAUCUACGACCCCAAGUAUUGUCCCCAGGGCCCAGCCGACGGGGUCUCCUCAGGGAUCAGUGAUGGCCCAGGGGACUCCUCCGAGUACCCUCCCUACUACCAGGAGGAGGCCGGCUGCUGAGGCACCCUGCUGACCCCCACCUCAUCCCUCCGCCCCGGGUUUUGAGUCUUCUAUGUUUUCUUCUUUUCUGUUUAAUGUUUUCAGUGGUGCAGGGCUGGGUGGGAUGGGGGGGGGGGUGCCGGGAACUUUUCCUCUUUUGUUUUGAUUUUUGGGUGUUUUUUUUUUUUUUUUUUUUGAGACAGGGUCUUACUACAUAUCUUAGGCUGGAACAAACUCACUGUGUAGCCCAGGCUGGCCUCUAGUUUGCAAAGAUCCUCCUGCCUCAGCCUCCUGAGCGCCGGGCUGCAGGUGUGCACCAGCACGCUCGGCUCCCCCAUCCUCUUUCUGUACCUUUGCAGGACUGAGCCACUAGGUGGGGAAGGAGUUGGCCGCGUUGGGGUGCUGGGGGGUGGGGCAGGGGCUCCAGACCUCAGAUUUCCCAGUAGGCUUUGGGCCGAGCUGUAUGGGGCAGAAACAGGACCAGGCAGGGGAACCUGGCCCCAGAUUCGUGUCGUGUGUCCCCCAUCCCCCACCUUAGCGGCUUGUGGGUACCUGACUCAGCCCUAAACUGUGGGAGUCUUCAGGACCCCCGAUGGCCCCCACCCCUGCCCCCCACUGUGGCCCUUGGGGAUUCUGCUCCCCACCCCAGCCAGCUGUGUUCACCCUGCUGUCCCUGCCCGCACUGCCCCGCUCAGUACUGGACACGGACCCCCGGCCAGGGGCCCCUGGACUAUGAGAAAAUGUGAAAUACCAAUGUGGACCAGAGCAAUAAAAACCUCCGUUUUUAAGAAAAAAA